AUGAAUAUAAAUUACCUUGUCAUAUUGCAAUUGCUGGGAGUUAUGGUGCUGCUGACCUAUGCCAAUGCCAUUCCCAAAUACGAAGAGAGCCAUAAGUUCUAUCCGGACAAAGGUCAGCGAGAUCGGUCUUACUAUAAUGAGAACAAGACACAGCCCAGUGAACCGCAGACAGCCUCCACCAAAGAUAGAUUGGAACGUCUGGGGUACACCACCGGCUAUGGAUCUCUUAAUGGCUAUCCCGGAGGUACUGGCCUCUCCGCCUACAAUCCCAUCAAACUCGACCUGGGCGGCGUGGUCUUGGGCACUCUAGUGGGCAUUGGAGCCAUCAUACUGAUACCUAAAAUCCUGUCAGCCUUCCAUGGUGGCUAUGGCGGAUAUGGUCGAAGUGAGGACAAUGACCUGACACCCCUGAGCAGCAUGAUUAACAAAAUCGACGAUGUCCUGGGUCAGAACAACAUUGACUCAACGAGUUGCAUGCAGCGAGCGGUCUGUGGUUAUGUUCGCUCUACGGAGUAUAAUAUGAAGAUUGGUUCCUCGGAUCAGAUGGAUGAGUUCAUUCAUAUGCUAUCGGAAAAUGCCCUCGUGGAUUACCUACUGGAUGGAACGGCUAUAAAGGAGGCCCUGGAACACGGAAAGCGAGCCAAUGACAGACCUUGUGAGGAUGUAUACUCCAAUUGUCCUUUGGAUAGUAAAUCGGCCACGGAAAUACUAAUGAAACUGAUGCCAAAGAAAAACACCCAAGGAAAGGGAAAGUCUUCUGGCAUUCCUCGAGAAAAGAAGGCAUAA